GUCAAUUAGAAACAGAAGUAAUUUCGAAAGAAGAAAAAAAAAAGAAUUGGAAAAAACGAAGAACUAAAAUGGCAGAAAUAGUGGUAGGGUACCCUGAGAUAUUGCUAGGAGUCUUAUGUUUCUUCUUGUUUUACCUAUGGAGGAAAGAAACCAGUAAUAAGGGCCUUCCUCGAAGCUAUCCAUUGUUGGGCAUGUUACCAGGCACCCUAUACAACAUGAACCGAAUCCACGAGAGGGUAACGAUGACGAUGAGGCGGUCUGGGGGGACGUUCCUCUACAAAGGGCCUUGGCUUGCCGACAUGGACAUCCUUAUCACCGUUGACCCGGCCAACGUGCACCACAUCAUGAGCGCCAACUUCGUGAACUUCCCGAAAGGCCCCAAGUUCAAGGAGAUAUUUGAUGUGCUGGGAGACGGGAUAUUCAACGCGGAUCUGGACGCGUGGAGGGUCCAGAGGAAGAUUGCGCGUGGGUUCAUCGCCCACACGCGAUUCCACAGGUUCCUGCUCGAGACGAGCAGGGAGAAGGUGGAGAAGGGGCUGGUGAAGGUGUUGGAACACGCGUGCCACAACGGGUUGGUCUUGGAUUUGCAAGACGUGUUCCAACGCUUCACGUUUGACACUAGUUGUAUUCUCUUCACAGGGUAUGACCCUGGAUGCGUGUCUGUCCAUUUCCCAGAGGUUCGGUUCUCUAGGGCAAUGGACGACGCGGAGGAAGUCAUUCUUGUCCGACACGUCGUGCCAGAGUUGAUAUGGAAGGCACAGAGGUGGGUGGGGGUUGGGGCGGAGAGAAAGCUUAUCGAGGCUUCUAGGACGUUGGAUGAUGUCAUCGGGCAAUACAUUGCCCGAAAAAGGCAUGAAUUGGCGCGAGGAAAGGAGAAGGAUGAUGAAGACGACAAGGGUUGUGAUCUCCUCACCUCUUACUUGCGAGGAAGCAACCAUGACAAUAUGAUGAUGGGGUUGAAUAUAGAUGAUGACAAGUUUUUGAGAGACACGAUCAUGAACCUCAUGAUUGCGGGCCGAGACACAACUAGCUCGGCCCUCACUUGGUUCACGUGGUUGGUUUCUACCCACCCCUGUGUCGAGUCAAAAAUAAGAGACGAGCUCAAAACCCUAAUCCCGAAAGAGGAGUCGGAGAAAUGGAAAAUUUUUAAGCCAGAAGAACUCAAGCCCCUAGUCUACCUCCACGCCGCGCUAUGCGAGUCUCUGAGACUAUACCCACCAGUACCCUUCCAGCACAAGGAACCGACUGAGGUGGACACUCUCCCAAGCGGCCAUAUGGUCCAUCCCAAAAUGAAAAUAAUGUUCUCGCUCUAUGCGAUGGGGAGGAUGGAGGCUAUAUGGGGUGAGGACGCGUCUGAAUUUAAACCAGAACGGUGGAUAUCAGAGAAAGGGACAGUGAAGCACGAGCCUUCCUACAAAUUCUUGGCAUUCAAUGCUGGGCCAAGGACUUGUUUGGGCAAAGAAGCGGCUUUCAUUCAAAUGAAAGCCGUGGCUACUUCAAUAAUACACAAUUAUCAAGUUAGAGUUGUGGAAGGGCACGUUGUGAAACCAAACACUUCUAUUAUUCUCUAUAUGAGACAUGGAUUCAAGGUUAUGCUCAAGAGGAUAUCAAAAUAGUUCAAUCAUCAUUAUCUAUAAUGUCUUUGGAAGUUGUUGAAAUUGUCUUUAAAACAUUGGUCUCCUUUGAAAUCAUUAUCUUAAAAACAUUGGUCUGUUAGAUACUCUGUAAAAUGAAAUGUCAAAGACUCUUUUGUUUCCAUAUGUUUGGUUUACCGAUGAAUGAUUGAAUUAUUUAUUUUGAUUUUAUGAAAAUCAAAGUGAAAAAGAAUAAAAUAGGAGUAAAAAAUAUUAAAAAGACUAAAAUAGAAGUUCUAUA